AGUUGUGCUUUGGAACAAAGGCAUCGUGUUCGAAAGAGGGUGGGCAUACACAGGCCACACGGGCACCAUACCCACUAGGCACAAGAAAAGUAUAAAAGGACACGUCUUCACCACCCUUGGUCUGUUGUUUUGCUCACAUAUGAAUUACCUUUAGUCAAAAUCAAGAGUAAUGAGGACAUCCACUAUCUUUACUGGCUUACUAGCGCUUUUCACUGCUGUGUCUGGCUCAGCAGUCCCAGAUGCGAACGCUUUGGCAGUUCCAACUGCAGAAGCAGUUACAUCAGAGGAGUCAACACAAUCAGGUCCGCUGACUUUCACGACUCAUACAGUUACUACAGAUAUGUCCUAUUCUUACACCUAUACUUCUGGUAGAGGGUCUAGUGACUGCUUCACGGAUGUUGUGACGAUCGAUAUUGAGGGGUUCACCGUAGUAACCACUGCUUGGUAUGAGAAACUUGACACCUGGCCCAUUACUUACAGACUUUUCUCUUUCCUCAAUUUCACAGAAGAUUACGAUGAUGUUACUAAUAUAGUUUACUACACUGAGGCCAAAGAGUCAUACGGAAACUUUCCUGCCUUCUUAUCACCAAGUAAUUUCUAUGUUAACUUGAAGCAAGGCGCAUAUGUCAUUGGAACUACUAAUAUUGAUGCCAUCAACGCACACACUGGUGCCUUUGCUGUCACAAAGGGUAACCAUACAUACUUGUUUACUGUUUCUUGUCUUACUAAUAGACUCACACUCACAAGAAUUAUCUUACCAGACAAUGCUUAUGAUACAUGUCAUGUUGGUGCAUAUCCACACUCCUAUGAACCCAGAUGUGGACACCAAAACGUAACAAAUACGUUUUAUGAGUUCAGACCAAAUAAUCCUCGAGUAUCUUCAGUGUCUACAGAGUCAACAGUUUUAGAAGAGUCUACGGAGUCAUCUGAAUCAACAGUUUUAGAAGAGACAACAGAAUCAUCUGAAUCAACAGUUUUAGAGGAGUCUACAGUCUCAGAAGAGUCUACAGAAUCAUCUGAAUCAACAGUUUUAGAAGAGUCUACAGUUUUAGAAGAGACAACAGAAUCAUCUGAAUCAACAGUUUUAGAAGAAUCUACGGUCUCAGAAGAGUCUACAGAAUCAUCUGAGUCAACAGCCUCAGAAGAGUCUACAGAAUCAUCUGAAUCUGAAUCUGUUUCAACUUUGGAAUCUUCCGCCGAAUCUUCUGAGAUUUCCGUAUCAUCAUCAAGCGAAUCAAGCGAGGCGUCUUCUAUUGAAUCCACAACGCCUGUGCUUGAACCAACCAGUGGUCCAGCUCUUCUAGGACAAUUCAGUGAAGAUGAUUCACUUGUUUGGUCACUCGAACUUCCGGGAAAUGUUGGUCCAUGGUCCUCUGUUAUUCUGACAAUGAGUCGUAACGGAACCGAGGAUGAUGGCUUUUUCUACUCGGACGCAGAUGUAACUAUCAAUGAUGAUGUUACUGAAAGUGCCAGUAUUGAUAUCACCGACUCAGCUGUCACCUAUACCUUCACUGACAGUAUUGUUGAUAGUGAUACUAUCAUAUUCCAAGCAGUUGGUACUGUCACAUCCGGUGAUUCAUGGACCACUUAUGCUCGCUUAGUUGUCACUACAGUGGAUGAGAAGAAGCUUAAGAAGAGAGAGGAGCUAGUUUGGGAUUUCGAGCUCACUAUCGAUGCACCUGAAGAUUAUUCAAUAAUUUCCUCAUCCUCCUCUUCUGAACCAUUCACCAAUACCACCACUCUGGCACCAAUCACGGAAUCCUUAGAUGAAUCAUCCGUAUCAGAUAUGACUGAAGAGUCUGUUACUGAUGAGCAACUAAGUACAGC